GAUGUGGUGCCACAAGUUGUUGCUCCUACAAAGCAGGCUCCAGAAUUUGAUGAAGAGAGGAGACAUAGGUCAAUCUCUUCAUCUGUCCAACUUUAAAAGUUUAUUUUCAUUAUCCAUCCAUUGGUGCCAUACGGCUUCCAAGUCUGUGAAUUGUACUUGGCACCAACAUGAAGAUCAUUUGGAACUGCAAUAUUCUAGCACUGUGAUGCGCUUUGAUUAUGUCUGGCUUCGAGACCACUGCCGCUCAGCAUCAUGCUAUAAUUCUAAGACUCACCAGCGGAGCUUGGACACUGCCAGUGUGGAUUUAUGUAUCAAACCAAAGACCAUUCGUCUAGAUGAAACCACACUCUUUUUUACUUGGCCAGAUGGUCAUGUGACUAGAUAUGAUCUGGAUUGGCUGGUGAAAAAUAGCUAUGAAGGGCAGAAACAAAAAGUUAUCCACCCUAGAAUAUUAUGGAAUGCUAAAGUCUACCAACAAGCCCAGGUUCCAUCUGUUGAUUUCCAGAGUUUCUUAGAAACAAAUGAUGAAGUGAAGAAGUUUCUGCAGAACUUUCUGCUAUAUGGAAUUGCAUUUGUAGAAAAUGUCCCUCCCACUCAAGAACACACAGAGAAGUUGGCGGAAAGGAUCAGUUUAAUCAGAGAAACCAUCUAUGGAAGGAUGUGGUAUUUCACUUCAGAUUUUUCCAGAGGUGACACUGCAUACACCAAGCUAGCUCUAGAUCGGCACACUGAUACUACCUACUUUCAAGAGCCCUGUGGCAUUCAAGUAUUUCAUUGUCUUAAACAUGAAGGAACAGGUGGCAGGACACUGUUAGUAGAUGGAUUCUAUGCAGCACAACAAGUACUUCAAAAAGCACCUAAGGAAUUCGAACUCCUCAGCAAAGUGCCAUUGAAGCAUGAGUAUAUUGAAAAUGUUGGAGAAUGUCACAACCACAUGAUUGGGGUUGGGCCAGUCUUAAAUAUCUACCCAUGGAAUAAAGAGCUCUAUUUGAUCAGGUACAACAACUAUGACCGGGCUGUCAUCAACACCGUGCCUUAUGAUGUUGUCCAUCGUUGGUAUAUAGCACACAGAACCCUAACAACUGAGUUGAGAAGGCCUGAGAAUGAGCUCUGGGUCAAACUGAAGCCUGGAAAGGUACUAUUUAUAGACAAUUGGCGAGUCCUUCAUGGCAGGGAAUCAUUCACUGGGUACCGCCAACUCUGUGGCUGCUAUUUAACAAGAGAUGAUGUAUUGAACACUGCUCGUUUCUUGGGGCUUCAUGCUUAAAAUUAAAAGCACUGGGAUUAUGAGUACACUCGGCACCCUGCUACCAGAAUUUUGUAUCAAUAACACAAUAUUGUAUCAAAAUUGGUUUCAUUUUCUUACUUUACUAGGAGAAACCUGUUAAAGAAAGGGGACUUCUGAUUUAUCUAAUGUCAGCCAUCUAGUAGGGUAGCUAUCUUCCCAAGUUAUAAUAUGAUCCUACUCUUUUCCUAAACUUUUUGAUGUAAUUAUAAACACUGUACUUAUGAAAUGUAAUCUCCAUACUAAAAGGAAACCAAUAACAUUAUGUAAUUUGUCUUCAGCUAAAUCAGAAUUCAAUGCAUUCUAGAAAUGACAAAGUAUUGAUAAAGCAACAUGUGUAAAAAUUUUUCUUUUAUAAUUCAUUUGACUAAUAAUAUGUGCUUACUUGUAUUUUGAAUAUAUCCUGUGAUAUUUUCCAGUUCCUUCCAAUUUCAGCAGAUAAUGGGUUAUUGAUUUUCUUUUUAAUGACUGAAUAGUAUUCCAUUCUGCCACAUUUUUGUUACUUGUUAAUGGAAAACAAGGUUGAUUCCUUAUUUUAGCUACUAUGGAUAAUAUUGACAAAUAUGGGUAUGCAGAAAUGCUGAUACACAGGUUUAAUUUUACUUUGGUAUGUAAUAUACCCAGAAAGGGCAUGUGGAUAAUAAUAAGUAGUUUUAUAUUUUAACAUUUUUUAAAGCUAUGUACUGUUUCCCAUAAACACUAUACUAAUUUAUAUUCUCACUGUUAGUACAAUAGCGUUAUUUUCAGCAUAUAGCCUCAAUAACUUUUGUGCUUUUUGGUGCUGAUUAUUGCAAUUCUAGUUAGAUCAAAAUGAUAUCUCAUUGUGGUUUGAAUUGGCUUCUUCCUGAAGACUGGUGAUGUAUAGCGACUUUUCAGAUACCUCUUGACCAUUUUAUGUGUUCUUUUGAGAAAUGUCAAUCAAGAAUUUUUGCCAAUUUUAGUUGUUUCUACUUUAGCUAUUAAAAUUUUGAAGUCCCCUAUAUAUUCAAACAGCCUUACCAUUUCAGAAAUAUACUUAAUAAACCAUUUAUCUCAUUCUA